CGAAAAUCCCCAAAAUGAGCGUUUUGAACAGCUGUGCUUCGGUACGGUUACUCCUAAGUACUAAGUAGUUAGUGAUCCAAUUUGAAUCUCAAAAUACUACUGUAUGUCAAAAUCAAAAUUCUUUGAAAAAUCGCGCGAGGAUGAAAAUCCCAAGUUCGUACCGUACGGUACGUACCAUACGGUACUGCACCAGGUUCUUUCUCUUUGCCAUCACUAUUACCGUAGUGAUCUUUGGAACUAAACUUUAUUCCUAGCACUGCGAUUGAACACAUUGUUGUUUGUUGCAAAAUUUGCGCUUCUGAAAAUGGUUCUACCCCUCUACACGUUGUACACUCCCCCUGGUUCAUUUUUCGCUUUCGCACCUCUUAUUGUAUCAGAAUAUGUAGGCGUUACGGUCGAGUUAGAAAAGACAGGAAGUAUCGAACAACUCAUUGCUUCGAAGUCUCCGACGGGUGCGUCUCCGAUUUUGGAAACACAAAACGGAGAAGUGAUCGUAUCUUCGCAAGCCAUAGCAAGAUUCAUUGCAAGUCUGCGGCAGGAUACAAACCUCCUGGGUUCCGAUUCCUUGCGACAGUCGUUGGCUAUUGAAUGCUGGACAAACUGGGCAGCGCAAGAAUUAGAAUUGCCUGUGUGUGUUUGCUGUUAUAUCACAAAGGGGUGCACACCCUUCAAUGAAAAUGUGGUAAAGAAAGGAAAGAAAGAUAUUAUACGUGCCCUUAGCGUUUUGGAGUCACAACUUGAGAAACAAAGCAGUAACAAGAACAAAAAGACCUCCCAAACUUGGCUUGUCACUAAGGAACAUAUAACACUAGCGGAUAUUACUGUGGCUUGCACCCUUGUUUAUCCGUUUACAUUGGUAUUUGACAAGGCUAGUUUGUCUUCCUUUCCAAUGGUUGUAUGCUGGUUUGAGAACUGUAUGAAAGAACCAGAAUUCGUUGCUGUACUAGGAAAGAUAGAAUGUGGCAGGCACGAAAACACAAACUUCUAGAUCUGAAGUCAACGAGAUACUUGGGGAAAUAGUAAAUAGCACCAAAUCGCGGUUUGUAGUUUGGGACUAAUAAUAGUUCAAACGUGUUUAAACGAGGAACAGACUCGUAACUUUUUUAGUGCUCUUGCUGUAACGAGACAUAAUUGUUGCGAAAAAAAUCUAACGUAGACUACAUUUACUUCGACACAGAGUGAUAUUCCGGACAAAAUUGUUUCUUUACAUUCAAUAAUUUUCCUAAAAGAAGAGAGAUAUAGGAUAACUUCCAAGAAAUAUUUGGACAGGAAAAAAUUGAAAGUUAUAAUGCGUUCUACUUGCAUUGGGGAGAGAAUUUUUUCAUUCAAAAUCACCACUUAUGUCUUCAGAAGUUGACUCGUACUCAAUCAAUGCGAUUCAAAAUGGUGCCGCCACCUUAUCUCUGAUUCUUCUUUUCUCGUUGUUGUCGUCUCUUCUUCGCACGAUCUUCCUCCCUUACUUGUUUUGUUCUGCGACGAUGCUUUGCCUUGUCAAACAUGUGAUAUUCAUCCGUUUGGCCGCUUUCUUCUCGUGCUUCUUUGAGUUCGUCUGGCACUUGGCCCGGUCUUCCAACAAAGGUUUUCCAUUCUUCACGAAGUUUGACUGCUCCCAAUGGAGCACCACGGGGUUUCUGGAUGUGCUUUGGCUCAGCAGCUGUUACUUCUGCCUUUUCUUCGUUCCUCAAGUCACUAUAGAAGAUGGCCAAGUCGGCACCGAAUUGAAGGCAUUCUUCAGUAACGGUUGGACCUCCACGACGAUUCUGAACUAUAACAUGAGCACCGGGGCAUCCUCGCGAGUGCAUCCAUAUAUCAUUGCCACGAGCAACUGUCAUACUCAAGUGCUCAUUUCCUCUACGAUUUCGUCCUACCAAUACAAUGCAUCCACCAGGAGAUAUUAAUUUCCGUACGUUUGAAGCGGGUGUACCGAGAGCUGGUUUCCGUUCUCUCCUAUUUUGACUGCUUCCUUUUGAUUUUGUUUUGCUGUUGUCGUCUUCUAUAGUUGGUGCUUGAAACUUCGUCGCACGCGCCGUUCGAACCAACCUUUCCUUAACAAUGGCCAGACGGCCCUCAUCAAUGCCUGUUUCUCCGUCUCCCCCGCAUGCUGAUUGUAAGUCCAAUUCAGCUUCGGUUAAAACUUCCCAUGCUGUAUCAGUUUCUUUCAGCAAGUCGGCAACUAUCCUAGAGCCCCGCUUGAGUUUUCGAACGAUAGAGAAUAGGGCAUCUGCCUCGUCCGAGGCGCUGCUGUACUUUCCAGUCGAAUCCAGAGUGAGUUCUACUUCUUUUCCGUCGUUCUCCCAGUCGUUUACAAUUGCUGACUUGACGCCGUCUUGAAACAAAUAUAGAUUCGAUACCAAAAGCUGCGCGCGUGCCUUUAUAGCCUCGACAUCUUCAGCUUUUUUAAGCUCGGAUUGAAGCGAAGUGCGUUUCUUUUUUAAAGUUUUGAGAGCACUGUCGACAGCAUUGGACCAUGCCUGAUGUUCCUGAAGCAACACUGUUGAUUCAUUACCAUCGGUAUCAAUUUCUUGGUUCCCCGCCGUUUGUUCGUCCAUUUCCUUAUCCCACCUUGAGGUUUCGGAAAUGCCCCAUCUAUCCGAGGUUGCAGAUGUUGACAUUAGGAGUUGUGUAUGACAUUGCGUGCCAAAGACUUGCUGUGUUUUCUGGUCUAACAACGACAUUUUUGAACAUCGUCGCAAUACGACGCAACUGCUGUUUUUCCACGCUAUGUUUGAUCUCUCAGACGACCUCAUUAAAAUACUCGCCCUACA